AUGGAAGUGUCAGAGGAAGGAGCAUCAAGGAAAGAUGAAAAGGUGAACAAGGUCAACUGGAAGCAGGCAGAAAGAAAGCCAAAGAAGGAUGAAGCUAUGCCCCUCAGCACAGAAAGCCAGGAGUACUGUGUUCUCAACACACCAUGGGGGAUGCACCGUAUGCUGCGACUACCAUACGGGGUGAAGUCAAGUCCAAUGCUCUUCCAGAGGGAAAUGGACAGAAUCCUCAAGAAUGUGCCUGGAGUGAAGUGUCUGUUGGAUGAUAUGCUCAUCACAGGAAGAACUGAAGAAGAAGCACUGAAGCGACUGGACGAAGUGAUGCAGAUCAUGAAGUCACACGGUCUGCGUCUGAAAAAGGAGAAAUGUCAGUUUCUGACAAAGGAAGUCCGGUACCUAGGGCUCAGGCUAGGAGCCGAGGGCAUCAGAACAGAUCCAGAACGUGUGAAAGCCGUGCUGAACGCAAGAGCACCCACCAACCAGAAAGAAGUUCGUGAGUUUCUCGGUGCUGUCACGUUCUACAACCGCUUCCUGAAGAACCUCUCGAAGACAGCAAGGCCGUUGAAUGAACUCCUGAAGAAAGACAGCGAAUGGAAGUGGACUGCAGAGUGUGAAGCCAGCUUCAACAGCAUCAAGAGACAGCUGUCAUCAACGGAAGUGCUGCGUCAUUUCGACGUGACGGAGCAGGUGACGGUGAUCACGGACGCUAGUCCAGAAGGACUAGGCGCCGUACUCGUUCAAGGGAAGGAUGAGCGGCCGAUCAUCAAGGACUUCGAAGGGUUCUUGGAGAGGAACGGAAUCAAGCACAGUGUCACAGCGCCGUACAAGCCGUCCACUAACGGAGCUGCGGAAAGAGCAGUGGGUUGUCUGAAGAACCUGCUGAAGGCCUCAAAAGGCAAGAAGGUCAACAUCCCGAACUUCCUGAUGGCGUACCGCAAAUGCACCGGAUUGCUGCAGGUCCAGGCAGCAGAGAUCAAGGCCCAGAAAGUCAACUGGCAGUCUUACCUACAGUCUCAGAUGAUCAGCCAGGAAGACUACAACUUCAUCCUGGCCUACGACAACGCCGUGGGGAACCCGGAGAAACGCAACGCCAUCCUGCGUGAGCACGGCCACCAGUGCGCCAAGACGUUUCUCAACCUGCUCGGCCACAUCUGCAAGGACCAGACCAUCCAGUACCUGCUCAUACUCAUCGAGGACAUGCUCACGGAGAAGGAGAACUGCCGCGUGUUCCGCGACUACGCCAAGAAGAAGCGCGAGAGCGUCUGGGCGCCGUUCCUGAACCUGCUGAACCGUCCGGACGACAUCAGCGUCAACCUGACGGCCUGGAUCCUGGCGCGGUUGGCCUGCGACGGCCGCCAGCUGAUGGACGGCGGUGACCUGCAGUUCUACUUCACCUGGCUCAAGGACCAGCUGAAACGGCCGAACAACCAGUAUAUUCCGACGAUCGCGCGCUGUCUGCAGCUGCUGCUGCGUGUCGACGAGUACCGACACGCGUUUCUGCGCGUGGACGGCGUGUCCACACUGCUAUCGGUGCUCAGCUCGGGCGUCAACUUCCAGUGCCAGUAUCAGCUCGUCUUCUGCCUCUGGGUCCUCACAUUCAACAGCGAUAUCGCCGAGAAGAUGGGAAAGUUCAAUCUGAUCCCGAUUCUGGCCGACAUUCUGAUCGACACAGAGAAGGAGAAGGUGGUCAGGAUGUGUGUCGCCACAUUCCGGAAUCUGAUCGAGAAGGUGCAGGAGGCGAGUGUGAGGCGCGACAACUCGAUCCAGAUGGUGCAGUGUAAGGUGCUGCGUCACCUGGAGCUGAUCAGUCAGCGCUACAGCAGCGACGAGGACCUGAUGGCAGACGCCAGCUUCCUGACGGAACACCUCACCGCCAGCGUCCAGGAUCUCAGCUCGUUUGACGAGUACAGCACUGAGGUCAAGUCAGGCCGGCUGGAGUGGUCACUGGUGCACAAGUCGGACAAGUUCUGGAGAGAGAACGCCAGCCGACUGAACGACAACAAUUACCAGCUGCUCAAGAUCUUGAUCCACCUGAUUCAGAGCUCCAAGGACCCGCUGGUAAUCAGCGUGGCCUGUCACGAUAUCGGCGAAUACGUCAGACACUACCCGCGGGGGAAGCGGGUGAUUGAAACGCUGGACGGCAAACAGCGCGUGAUGGACAAGAUGCUCUCGGACGACCCGAGUGUGCGCCUGUACGCCCUGCUCACCGUCCAGAAGAUCAUGGUCCACAACUGGGACUACCUGUCGAAGCAGAUGACGAAGGAGAGGGAGAUCGAAGUCGGCAGUGAUAUCAUGAAGAACCCUCUCGCCUCCCGCUAGUCCCCUGCUUAGCCAGUAGCCUCGCCGCCGCGAUCCCGUGUAUGUGAGUGUAUCAGUGGCGUGUUAGUGUGUUAGCGGUGUGUGUAGUGUGUAACACAGCCCCCUCCCCGCGGGCUGCUUGGUCUGAGAGCGUGGUCCGCCGGUCGUUAUCAUGGCGACUGAGCGCCCUCCGGUAUCUCGCCACCACUGUUCGUCGGCCGGUAUCCGCCGCUAUCACAGGUUACGUAACUCAGUCCGGUUUGGCCCUCCUCGGCUCGUGCCGAUCUCUCUGUGUCUUUCGGCGCGGCACGGCGGCCGACCGAUAGCCCUCAGAGGGCCGGCGGCGGCGGCGCGCUGCUGGCCCACCCCGCCGUCUCUGGCGACGGGCGACGGCACCCGGGGAGGGCCAACUGUCGGGGCCGCGCCGGCUGAUAGCGGGCAGAUUGGGCCGGUGCCGCUGUCGGGUUUUGUUGCCGGGCACGCCGAGAACAGAGACCGGCGGCUGUCUGCUCGUACACAGACCGACACCACCAGUCUUGUAUCGGGGUCGCCGCUGCUUUUUUCUCGUGAUAACGGAUGCACCCGCUGCCUACGCACGGUCUUAUGAAGGCCUCGCUGGCUGUAUUUGGUUGGAUUUUAUAUUUUAUUCGUUGUUUGUAGACGGCCGUGAGGGGUUUUAUUCCCAUGCAACAUUCCCAGAGAGGCUGAUUGUAAUCGGGGCGGCUGCAAUGUGCAAUGAAUGAAUCGGGCCGGCCAGUAGUCAGUUGCCCUGAGAGAUUAGCUGAAUGUGAUGUAACUACUUACUGUAUUGUGCAUCCGUAGUCAAAUGGUCGGGCCAGUAUAUGUCGCAAUAUAGCACAGUAAAUGGAA